AUGUGGAUUCUAGAGUGGCUCCAUUGGGCUGCGGACUACCUCAUGUCGCUGAAUGGAUCGACACAACGCACGCCAUGCGUCUACACGCACGACGAGUCCGUCGACGCCGGCCGCAGGGAAGCCAAGCCCUCGUCGAAGCGGCAAAUCAAAGGUUUCGUCGAUGCCUACCACAUCAAUAUGAACGACUUCGAGCCGUCCGACAUCGACGCCUACGACAGCUUCGAGAGCUUCUUCAUCCGCCACCACACGCCCGAGUCGCGCCCCAUCUACGAAGAAACGGACCCGACCAAGGCCGUCGUGGUCGCCGACUCGAGGGUCGUCACGUACGAGUCGGUGCCAAAACUACGGAAGCUCUGGGUCAAAGGCCGGAAUUUCAGCAUGGCGGAGCUGACCAUGGACAUGGAGCUCGGCGACCACUUCGCCGACAGCGCGGUGGCGAGCUUCCGCCUGUCGCCGCAGGACUAUCAUCGUUAUCACUCGCCGGUGUCGGGGAAGAUCAAGCUCUUCCGCAGUAUUCCAGGAGAUUAUUAUCAGGUGGAUCCGGUAGCCCUGCGCAGCGACGUCGAUAUCUUGACGAGGAACCACAGGGAGUUUGUAGUGAUUAAUAGCGAGGAGUUUGGCGACGUCUUGUUUGUGGCCAUUGGCGCGACGGAUGUUGGUACCGUCCAGAUCCACGAUCGGUGGCAACGACCCGGAGCCAAAAUCUCCAAAGGCGAAGAGCUGGGCAAAUUUCAAUUUGGCGGAUCUUCCAUCAUCGUCGCGUUUGACCAAAAUCGCAUCCAGUUUGACCAGGAUCUUAUCGAUAUGAGCAACCAAGAAGUUCAAGUCUCGGUCGAAAUGGGAAUGAGUCUAGGAAAGAGUCGUAAAUUGAAGGCGUAG